AUGCGAGCUCGUCCAGGAAUGGGAUAUCGGCACGAGGUCAUGUUGGAUACUAGCGAUAUUGGGCAUGCCCCCAACGUUCUUACCAGUACCCCAAAAGAAUUGGUGGGAGAUGAUGGCAAUAGGGUCAGCAGCUUCGGGGUGAGCUGUAUUGCUGUUCAAGGUGUUGAAGGUUUCCGUCUUAGGAUUCCCGGUACUGCAGUGCACGGUCCGUUGCGGCCGGAUGGCCCUACCCUUGGGCAUUCUGUUGGGGUCUGGGGCUCACUGUGGUACCUACUACUACAACUAGUCACUCAGCAUGGGCAGCUGCCCAUGCUGCUGCAGCAACAGCAGCAACAGAAGAGAACCAUCGAUGUACGCUUGGUAUGUGGUUCCGACAGCACCGCCCUUGUUCUCUAUAGCCCAACGACAUCUUUGCACGGACUAUACUACAACGAGCAGUUGCACGGGCCAUUCGCAACAGGCCGGUCGGUAAACCCCUUCACUCCUGGCCUGAGCCCGUUGAGCUCGAUUCCAAAGCCCUCGUACGUCACGGGAGAUGUUGUACGGGAGCGCUUUCCAGCGAUGCGUUCAGAGGACGACCCGCUGAAUUGGAUUACAGACCAGGAGCUUGAUAUGAGGGGCAGCAAAAUGGCUGCAAACCAGCAGCGGGUGCCGCUACGGUGCCAGUCUUCGAGGAAUUAG